CCUUUUUCGUUCCACGGAGGCCUCGAGAGAGAGGUAACAUCCCGAGUCUUUAAACCGCCGCCACUUGCGCGAUCCUUGGGUCACCGCGAUGCCCAGGGAAGACCGAGCCACGUGGAAGUCCAACUACUUCCUUAAGAUCAUCCAACUCUUGGAUGAUUAUCCAAAAUGUUUCAUCGUGGGAGCAGACAACGUUGGCUCCAAACAAAUGCAGCAAAUCCGUAUGUCUUUACGCGGGAAGGCCGUUGUUCUGAUGGGGAAGAACACCAUGAUGCGCAAGGCUAUCCGAGGACAUCUGGAAAACAAUCCUGCCCUGGAAAAGCUUCUGCCUCAUAUCCGUGGCAAUGUGGGCUUUGUGUUCACCAAGGAGGAUCUGACAGAAGUCAGGGAUAUGUUGCUGGCCAAUAAGGUGCCUGCUGCUGCUCGUGCUGGUGCCAUAGCUCCUUGUGAUGUUACCGUGCCGGCCCAGAACACAGGGUUGGGCCCUGAAAAGACCUCCUUUUUCCAAGCUUUGGGCAUCACCACCAAGAUCUCCAGGGGCACCAUUGAAAUCCUGAGUGAUGUGCAGCUGAUCAAGACUGGAGACAAAGUGGGGGCCAGUGAAGCCACACUGCUGAACAUGUUGAACAUCUCACCCUUCUCCUUUGGGCUCGUCAUCCAGCAGGUGUUUGACAAUGGCAGCAUUUACAACCCUGAAGUCCUGGACAUCACUGAGGAAGCCCUCCACAAGCGCUUCCUGGAAGGUGUCCGUAAUGUUGCCAGUGUUUGCCUGCAAAUCGGCUACCCGACAGUUGCUUCUGUGCCCCACUCCAUCAUCAAUGGGUACAAACCAGUCUUGGCUGUGGCUGUGGAAACUGACUACUCUUUCCCGCUGGCUGACAAGGUGAAGGCCUUCCUGGCCGAUCCCUCAGCUUUUGUGGCUGCUACCCCGGUGGUGGCUGAGGCCCCUGCUCCUGCUGCAGCAGCCCCUGCCAAGGAGGAAGUGAAGGAAGAAUCUGAAGAGUCUGAUGAAGACAUGGGAUUUGGUCUCUUUGACUAAGAGCUGGUUUUGUCAUGUGCCGGCCAGA